AUGAGUAAAAGUAAUAAAAUAUGCUGUGUGGUCAACUGUAAUAAUAUGUAUAAAAAUACCCAAAAUAUUAAGUUUUACACUUUUCCUAAUCGAAAAUAUGAAAAGAACCUAAAAGAAAAAUGGAUACGCGCAGUUAACCGUACAGAGGUAAAUGGAAGUCCAUGGAAUCCGAAAGUGCACAGUGUGAUUUGUAGUGCACACUUUGUUGGUAAUGAGCGGUCAAAUGAUUCUCGUAGCCCUUCUUAUGUGCCUUCAAUUUUUCCAGAAGUAUACAAGCGAAAAAUAGUUGAUUCAGAGCAGUCUUGUUCAAGAUAUCAACGUGUCCUAAAGCGCCAUAAAAUUAAAUCUACUUCUUCUGCUUUGGAAAAUACAACUGAUUGUAAUUUAGAUGACAUGUUAACUGAUAAUCCUUGUAAAACUGUAUCUACUUGUGAUGCUAGUACUCAGGUUGCAAUUGAACCUGUAGAAUCUGUUCAGUUUUCUUUUGAAUGUUCAUUUGAAAAUCAAAAUGUUAGAACUCAAGUAACUUCCCCAAAUGUCUGUCGUGGUUUUUAUAAUAUUCUUACAUCUACCUCUGAUAAAUCUUGUGGUCCAGAUUCAAGCAGUAUAAAUUCAUGCUUAUCUUGUGAUAGAUUUCAUGGAUUUAAUUCAAUAAAAAAUGAAAAUUCACUCAAAGACUUGACUGGUACUACUUAUAAAGUGUUCGACCUAUUAUGUUCAAUGCUAUCACAAGUAUGCAAUAGUUCUACAAGUAAAAAUGAUAGACUAUUAAUAUUUCUGAUAAAAAUAAAACAUAACUUAACAUUUUCAGCAAUUGGUGUUUUAUUUAAUAUACACCGUACUUCUGUAAGUAGAAUUUUUUUCCAGUGUUUAGAGAUAUUAAGCAUAUUAAUAAUGGAUCUAUAG